AGAUGACGAAGGUUAAGGAGCCACAGGAAGACCCUGUUGUGGAAGAUGUCGAAGAUGAUGAUGACGAUGAUGAUGAUUCCGACGACGUCCCUGACCUCGAGGAAGCUGAUGGUUCCGGUCGUGGCAAGCAGAGCAAGAUGGAGAAGAAGUCCAGGAAGGCCAUGCAGAAGCUCGGCAUGAAGCCUGUCUCCGGCAUCGUCCGCGUCACCAUCAAGAAGAGCAAGAACAUCUUGUUCGUCAUCUCCAAGCCCGACGUGUUCAAGUCUCCCGCUUCCGACACCUACAUCAUCUUCGGCGAGGCAAAGAUUGAGGAUCUCUCAGCUCAGGCUCAGGCAGCAGCCGCUGAACAGUUCAAGAAGCCGGACAUUGCUGUGGCUAACGACGAGCUGUCCAAGGCCGCCAAUGCCAGCGAUGAUGCUGAUGAUGAGGAAGUGGAUGACUCUGGUGUCGAGGAAAGUGACGUCAAGCUGGUUAUGGACCAGGCUCAAGUCUCUCGUGCUAAGGCCAUUAAGGCCCUCAAGGCCAACAAGAACGACCCUGUGGACGCGAUUUUGGCUUUGUCCGAAGAAUCAAACACUUGAGCAUGCACGUCGAAACAGAAUUGUUUUGUAUAAAAGAAUAACCAG